GACAAAAAGUAGUUUUCCCCCCUCCUCCUCCCCCUCUUCUCCUUUUUCUCGCUAAUCCCGCCUCCUUCUCCGAGUUAGGAAGACUCGUUGAUGCGUUUGGGUUGUAGGAAGGCUUUUUCUUUUCCCUUUUUUUUUUUUAAUAGCCAGAAAGGGAAAAACAACCCUCGGAUCUGAUUUUUUUUCUCUCCUCGUUCCUGUCCUUGGUUCUUACUGUGUUUGUGUAUUUUAACGGCGAGAAGACAAGGGGGACAAAACCGCCGGAUCCAUCCAUCCCUGGGGGUGGUUUUAAUUUUUCGUUUUUCUCAUAAUUUUAAAAACAACCACUCUUCACAAUGAACAAACUGUAUAUCGGAAAUCUCAGCGAGAACGUCGUGCCCUCGGACCUGGAAAGUAUCUUCAAGGACGCCAAGAUCCCCGUGUCUGGACCCUUCCUGGUGAAGACUGGCUACGCGUUCGUGGACUGUCCGGACGAGGGCUGGGCCCUCAAGGCCAUCGAGGCGCUUUCAGGUAAAGUAGAACUGCACGGGAAACUCGUAGAAGUUGAGCACUCGGUCCCCAAAAGGCAAAGGAUUCGGAAACUUCAGAUACGAAAUAUCCCGCCUCACUUACAGUGGGAGGUGCUGGAUAGUUUACUAGUCCAGUAUGGAGUGGUGGAAAGCUGUGAGCAAGUGAACACCGACUCAGAAACUGCCGUCGUAAAUGUAACCUAUUCCAGUAAGGACCAAGCUAGACAAGCUUUAGACAAACUCAAUGGAUUCCAGUUGGAGAACUUCACGUUGAAAGUGGCCUACAUCCCUGACGAAAUGGCCGCCCAGCAGAACCCCUCACAGCAGCCCCGAGGUCGCCGUGGGUUUGGGCAGAGAGGCUCAUCGAGACAGGGAUCUCCGGGGUCGGUGCCCAAGCAGAAGCCGUGUGACUUGCCUCUACGCCUGCUGGUUCCCACCCAGUUCGUUGGAGCCAUUAUAGGAAAAGAAGGGGCCACCAUUCGGAACAUCACCAAACAGACCCAGUCCAAAAUCGAUGUCCAUCGUAAGGAGAAUGCAGGUGCUGCUGAGAAGUCCAUUACUAUCCUUUCUACCCCUGAAGGCACCUCUGCGGCUUGUAAGUCUAUUCUGGAGAUUAUGCAUAAGGAAGCUCAAGAUAUAAAAUUCACAGAAGAGAUUCCCUUGAAGAUUUUAGCCCAUAAUAACUUUGUAGGCCGUCUUAUUGGUAAGGAAGGAAGAAAUCUUAAAAAAAUCGAGCAGGACACAGACACUAAAAUCACGAUAUCUCCACUGCAGGAAUUGACGCUGUAUAACCCGGAGCGCACAAUUACAGUGAAGGGCAGCGUGGAGACCUGUGCCAAAGCCGAGGAAGAGAUAAUGAAGAAAAUCAGGGAGUCUUACGAAAAUGAUAUUGCUUCAAUGAACCUUCAAGCACAUUUAAUUCCCGGAUUGAAUCUGAAUGCCUUGGGUCUGUUCCCGCCCACGUCAGGGAUGCCGCCUCCCGCCUCAGGGCCCCCUUCAGCCAUGACUCCUCCUUACCCGCAGUUCGAGCAAUCAGAAACGGAGACUGUUCAUCUGUUUAUCCCAGCCUUAUCUGUCGGGGCCAUUAUCGGCAAGCAGGGGCAGCACAUCAAACAGCUUUCUCGCUUUGCAGGAGCUUCUAUUAAGAUUGCUCCAGCUGAAGCCCCCGAUGCUAAAGUGAGGAUGGUGAUUAUCACCGGGCCGCCAGAGGCCCAGUUCAAGGCUCAGGGAAGAAUUUAUGGAAAAAUUAAAGAAGAAAACUUUGUUAGUCCUAAAGAAGAGGUGAAACUUGAAGCUCACAUCAGAGUGCCAUCCUUUGCUGCUGGCAGAGUUAUUGGAAAAGGAGGCAAAACGGUGAAUGAGCUCCAGAAUUUGUCUAGUGCAGAAGUUGUUGUCCCCCGUGACCAGACGCCUGAUGAGAAUGAUCAAGUGGUGGUCAAAAUAACUGGUCACUUCUAUGCUUGCCAGGUUGCCCAGAGAAAAAUUCAGGAAAUUCUGACUCAGGUAAAGCAGCACCAACAGCAGAAAGCUCUGCAAAGUGGACCACCUCAGUCAAGACGGAAGUAAAGGCUCAGGAAACAGCCCAGCACAGAGGCAGACGCCAAACCAAAGACGGAUUGCUUAACCAACAGGCGGGCGGCCGAACCCCCGUCCAGAAUCACAUGCACACGUUUCUACCUAGCCACUUGUUUCUGAGGACCAGGCGACUUUCGAACUCCUGUCUCUGUGAGAAUGUAUACUUUAUGCUCUCUGAAAUGUGUGACACCCAGCUUUAAAAAGAAAAAAAAAAGGGGGGGAGGGACGAAAAGAGAGGAGCUCUGCACUUCCCUUUUGUUGUAUUCUCAGUGUAACAAAUGUUCUAAUUUUUCUUAAUACUCCCCCAUGAUGCAAGACAUUGGCUCCAUGAUGCACUCGAUAAACCCAUCAAAUAAACACAAAUCGAUUGCUCCUGAGUCAGAAGAGAUACAGGAACUGAAAUAUGUUAAGCUACUAGCAUAGAAAAACUGUCUGUUGUGUGUGUACCUGACACUAACAUGAAUAACAUAAGGGAAGUGCUGAAUGGUGUUGGCAGGGGUAUUAAAUGUGCAUUUUUACUCAACUACCUCAGGUAUUCAGUAAUGCAAUGAAAGCAAUUUUUGUUUUUGUUUUGUUUUUUUUUUUGAAAAUUUUAUAUACUUUAUAAAGAUAAGUCCAACUGUUUUUUAAAAAAAUAAAAUUUAAUUAGCUAACAGGAAAAUAACAGAAAUUUUACUUCUGGUGACAGUAAAGCUGGAAAAUUAAUUUCAGGUUUUUUGAGGCUUUUGACAGUUAUUAGUUGGAAAAUACAAUAAAUGUUCAGUGACAUGGAGCAGUGCCUAUAUUUGGAGAGCAGCAAUACCAUUUUUUUUUUCCCGUUUUCGGUAGGGAAAGUUUUCGAUGGUACUAACAGAGCAAAGUGGUAGCAGGUGGUUUUGGAAUGGCUAGUUUAAAUGGCUUCAGGAGACUUCAUUUUUUGUUUGGCUAUGUGAUUGAAUGCAUAAGCGUUUGUGCUUCUGACUAUCACUACCUAAAGAAAGUGCGUCAGUGGAGAGAAGCAGCCCCUGUGGACUGUGAACUGAUUGGCAAAAAGCAAGACUCAGCUUGUCUUAGAGGAUGCUUAGCUCGCCAGCACACCUCAGAGCAGUUGGGCUACCCUUUGCGCAGACCCCAAAUGAACUGCUUUGUGGAGACCGCCGGGGCAGUCAGGUGGUGUGACCGUGCAAAGGCAGUGAAAGGCUGUAUCUGCAUGUGCCAGGCACUGUCAUGAGCCUCGCUAAGCUGUUUGGAAGAUUUGUAAACAAGGAUAAGUCGAGGAAAAUGAAAGGCCACCUAAAGUAAUACAUAAAAUGCAGCAGGAUUUCUGUAUUCUCUGCAACCAGCUAUUGUGAGAAAACGAUUUUGGGAAUAUAGUUUGAAUGACUGUGAAAAAACAUUCAACAUUUGAUACCGAACUCAUUUGUCUAUCCCGUAACUCUAUGGCAAAGGCCAGAAUGUACGUUCAUGUGGUUGUGGGGGUCUCCAAGGCCACACUGCUCUCAGAAUUGUGUUGCUUUUGUUCCUAAAAUGUUCACAGUCAUCCUGUUACAUGGAUCUGAAGGACAUAUGUAAUAACCCCUCAAAAAUCAUUUUGCCUCAUUUGUAUUUCAAGAUGAAUUUCUACAGACUAGGUAAGUUUUUCUGAUAACCAGCAUAUCAGACAUUUUGAAAAUGACUUGAAAUGUUUUCAGAAAACCAGUUUAUUUUGUAGUUUUAGCCAAAAAGUGCCCUUUUUGUCACUGAAUUCACCUAGCAUUCAUACUUUUUUUCUCCCCGAACAGUAAAUUGCUUUAAAAAAUAAAAAUCAUGGACUGGCUUUUGGGUUGGUUCUUAGGUGAGAUGUGCUUAUGGCCAGAGCUCUUCCUCAGCAUUUGAUUUCUCCACUAUUUGUUGGUAUGUUUUGUUGUUUUAAUACAGAUAGGUGCUACAUUUAUAUCUGCUGGUUUAAAUUCUGUCAUAUUUCACUUCUAGCCUUUUUAGUGUGGCAAAUCAUGUUUUACUUUCAAUGAAGCAUUGGUAAUGGAGUAUCUGGUAGUAGCUAGGAAAUAAUUCUGUAACUGAGUUUGUACUCACUGCAUAUGGAUCAUUCCUCAUUUGUAAUGUGCCCCAAAUGCAGCUUCAAUUUCCAGAUACCUUGAUACAGAAUAAAGUUUUUCAUCAUUAGGUGCA